AGUGUUUUUGUGGAAUCUGAACAAACAUUGUGUGUAACGGCGCCUGGUUUUUGUGAGUGUGAAACAAGCUGCAGCAAAGAAAGAAAAUUGGUAUACCAAGAAGGAAGAUCACUUCCGAAGAAGAUUCAACCCAAGAAGUCAGCAACAGGGACGCACGCGUCGCUUUUCCACUGGCUCGGGAAAAUGAAGGUUCAAGACCUCGCAGAAAAAAAUGGAAAGACCACGAAGGCUAUACAGGCAAACAGAGUCUUCGCAGUUCAAGAAAACGAGCAAGUUAACGGAAAUGGGAAGAGGCGCUACGCUAAAAUCUCGCUCGACCAAAAGCAAAGGGUAUUUCUCCACGCCCUGGAGACCACAGAGCAUCCUCCCAACGACUCUUACCUCCUGAAGCACAGCGACGUCAUGAAACUUGUGGACAUUUCUCAUCGACUGGCGUUCAUAGAACUGUCUUUUGAAGACCAAAAACUAGGCCGACUUCUCAUAAGCCUCGCCCCAGACACGAAUUUCGCCCGCCAGUUUUCCUUGCUUUGCACCGGCGAACUCGGUCCUUCUUACGCCCGAACGAACAUCCUGAAGGUGAUGUACCAGGGCGAGUGGACGGAGAGCGUCUUCUUCGGAGACUACGAGUCUAACGAUGGCGAAGGAGGGAAAGCUCUAGUGGCGGGACCCAACUGGGCAACGGAGCACACGCAUAAGAUUUAUAAGAGGCCGUGGAAGGCGGGCGUGGUCGGUGGCUGGGGUUGGGAGGAGGAGAGGGCGUGUCAGUUUGCCAUCCACACCCGAAAUUGCGACGGGUUCGAACUUCCUGGCUGUUUCGGCGUGGUCGAAGAUGGCCUAGGUAUCUUGACAGAGGCCUUGUCGCAGCAAAAGGAUAUAACAGAAGUCUGCAUCAGCGACUGUGGGAUCAUCCUGUCCCAGUGAUAAGUCAAAUCGCACAAGUUUGCAGGUGAUGCAAAGGGGCGCUGCUGACGUUUAGUCUCCACAGCUAUUCGUUGUCUUAGAUGUACUCUGAAUAAAUAAAAGUAUAAUCUGCGCAGGCACGUUUUGAUCG